CACCCACCACUCCCACCAACAACUCUCACCACCACUCCCACCACAAUCCACCACAUCUCCCACCCACCACUCCCACCACAAUCCACCACAUCUCCCACCCACCACUCCCACCACAAUCCACCACAACUCCCACCACAAUCCACAACUCAGCGGCACCGGCACAGCCAUCAGGAGCACGGAGCAUCACCGGCACAGCUUCCAGCCACAGCUCGCCCUGCUGUGAGCAUCACCGGCACAGCUACUCGGUACCUCUACUUGGCACAACUCCGAGAGAACGCGGUCAGUGGCACCGCUACAACCCUGGCAAGCCCCCCAGCCGCUCUCCCUCCACUCGUAGUGCCCUGGGACAUCCGCCACUCCACGCCGCUCUCACUGAACUUAGAGCCGCUGCAGCUGCCACGGCACCACCGUCAGUACGACCCAAGCCACGAGCAGCAGCAACACCGGUAGCUGCCGGUACACUCCCGCAACCUCCGAUUAGCUACGUACGGUGCGAAAGAAGUUCAACGUACGGUACACGCACGGGAUCUUCUCUGUCGGUGCACAGUAUCCCGGUAGACCCACAGUGGGUACUACCGACUCCGUCUGCCAGUGUGUGCCCCCAUCCCUCCUGUGCUCUGUCAAUCGCGAACGCCUCGGAAUCCCCGGCGAAUUUCUCGCGGACAACGAAGGAGAGGAGAGGCUCGGAGUGGCUGGGGGAGCGUCUCGUACGGAAGGGGACGCGCGCCUCUGUGCCCGAUGCGUGGCACGUGCAGGAUGCCGGGUCUGCUGGCUCUGCUGGGAUGGGCUGCAGUUAUCUUCAACCCGGGCGAAUCCUUGACCGAGACUCCAACAUCCAACCCCGUCUCUACCUCGCCGUCGCCGCCGCCACCACCAACGCCACCACCACCAACGCCUCCCGUUCACCCAGGCGUCAAUUCGACCCCGGGUCCUGACCCCCCCUGCGCUGACUUCAAGCCGAGCUCGCUGAGCGAGCUUCUCUUCGGGGGAACGGAGCUGGACGUGCGAUUUCUGCUCUUCCCUCCGAGGAGCUCCAGCCGCCACCCCCUCUGCGCGCUGCCGCUCCGAGUCGUCGUCGGAGGAGGAGGAGGCGAAGAACACGAAGACGACGACGUGGAGACGAUGCGGCUCAUCGACCCCGCGGCAACGACAUUCGUGCUCAUCCACGGAUACAGUGUGGGUGGUGUGGAGCCGCGCCCCAUCUGGCUCGAUGAGAUGGUGUCUGAGCUUCUCGGGGCAACUCCAGACCCCCCCGGCACCAACAUCAUCGCCGUCGACUGGAAUCGCGGCGCAACAAAUUGGUACCCGCUGGCGGUGCAGAAGACCCGGGAGGCAGGCAGGAUCAUCGCCAACAUGAUCACCACGCUCAUGGUGCAACGGGGCGUGCGUGCAGAGCGUGUGCACCUGGUGGGGGUGAGCCUGGGAGCGCACGUUGCAGGCUUCACAGGCAGCUACUUCUCAGGGAGGAUCGCGAAAAUCACAGCCCUCGACCCCGCAGGACCCAAGUUCUCCCAGGCCGACCCCGCGGAGCGACUCGACCCGAGCGACGCGGCCUUCGUGGACGUGGUGCACACGGACGGCGACAAGUUUGGUAUUCGGCGGACCCUGGGCCACGUGGAUUUCUACGUGAACGGCGGAGAGGACCAACCGGGAUGCCCGAAGACGACGCUCACAGGAGGAUUCACCGAGGAUAUGGAGUCACCGGUGAUCUGCGACCACAUGCGCGCCGUGCGGCUGUGGCUGAGCUCCCUGCGCUCCCCGUGCGAGCUGCGCGCCUUCCCGUGCGACUCCGCCGCCGCCCUGGCCGCCGGACGCUGCCUCGAGUGCCGCACGGAGCGCACGGCAUCGUGCCCCCGCCUGGGCCUGCACUCAGCUGACGGGGUCUGUGGGGUGAGCGAGUCCGAGUCGAUCGUCCUUCACAUGAACACGGCCAAAGCACCCCCUUAUUGUGUCACCUAUUACCUGGCCCAGGUGGAGUCUCGUGACCCCGUGGUGCGGGGGUCGCUGUUCGUGCGUCUCCACGCCAACCGCUCGGUGACGGAGGAGGUGGCCGUCGUGCCGACCUCCAGAAACUUCAUGGAAGGCCGCCAGGCGAUGCGUCUGCUGUUUGUGGAGGGCCUUCCGGGGCCCCUUGUCGCCGUGACCGUUCGUUUCCGAGGGCCUUCGUUCCGCCGCCUGUUCAUCUCCUAUCGUCUCCACAUCGCCCGCCUCGUCCUGUCGCCCUGGCCCAUCCACAACGGGGAGACCUACUGCACCUACAACGUGAGCGUCCAGGAUGGAGCGCCUGCCUUGGCACCACUGGAACCCUGCAACCUGCAGAGAUAGCAGCCGACACGGGCCUCCCCGUCCUCUGGCUCGGCCAUGGUGCCAGGCCAACCGAGUGGGGUUGUGCCGUUCACCGUUCGGGGUUAUGCUCAACAACGGUCUCCCACCUUGUCCACAGUAGGCCAAACCCAGACACCAUUCUCAGUCAGCCCCCUAGGUUUAUCAAAACUGUGUAGAAU